UCAAAUAAAACAAAAAAAAAAUAUACUUAGUAAUUAAAAUCUAUCUUGUUUUAUCUCCAAAAUAUGUACUCUACAAUAUUUCAAUUUGCUCAAAUUACAUCUAGAUCAAUAUUCACUGCUCUUAUUAUUCAAAUUAUUUUGUUUAACUGUAAUUUUUAAGCAAAUUGCAGCUCUUAAGCGGACGGAUAACUCAAUGUAUUAAGAGUAAAAGAAAAUAAAGAUAACUUAGAUUUUGGCAAUUCAUUAAAAUCUAUUGAUGAUUAUGAUGUGAGUAAAGUUUAAAUCAGGAAAUUAUUUAAUUAAUAUACAUAAGAAGGUGAAUAUACUAAUUACGAUAAUUCAAAUAUUGAAGAAUUAUAGAUUAACUAAAGCUUUAAAUUCAACUUUCGUGUUUAAAAUGCUACUUUUUAGAUUAGUAAUUACUCACAAAAUAAAUAUACAUACAUCGAAUUUUAUUUUGAUAAUAGCUAAGAUUUUUAAAGUUAUAAUAAUUUGAACACUCCUCGGUUAUUAGCUAAUAUUGAUUAAGCUCCUUAUUUUUACUUAAAUAAUAAAAACCAAACUGAAAUCAAAGCCUAAUACUUUGACUCAAAUGGAUACUAUCAAAAUAAAAAUAGAUUUUACUUGCUCAUAAUUUCAGAUACACCUUUAACCAACACUUUAUAUCUAACUCUUCUCUUAGAUUAAUCCUUUUUGUUAAAUUAAUAACUUAAUUAUUAAUUUACUAUCAAAAUUAUUGGUUAAAGUAACUCAAAACCAUGUCCUUUUGGUUGCUUAAGUCUUGGAUCAUGUGUCUAAGGAAAAUGCAUGUGUUAAUAAAACUAAAUAGAUGAAGAUUGCUCCCAAAGUGCUUAAAAAGUAGAAAUAAAUUAAACUCAAUAUAAUUAAGUGAUACUAAAACCCAAUAUAAUUAGCUAUGUCUACAUGAAGACUGAUAAUUUAAUGACAUUGCAACAAUUAAAAGUAAGUCUUAAGCUAAAUAAUUAAAUAGGGACUACUUGCAUUUUAUACUAGAAUCCUUACUAAUCAAUUAAUAAUUUAUAAAGUACAGAGAUUCCAACUAUACUUAACUUCAAUAAAAAUCUGUGCUUAGGGCCAACUUCCAUUUAAUAAAAUUAAUAAUUUAUCCUAACAGAGGGGCCAAUUAACCUCACUGUUGGAUAAGUAAUUCCAAUAGGAUUAAUUUUAAAAAAUUAAUAUGAAGAUUAGCAAAUAUUUUAUCAAUUUUAAUUAUUCGAAGAUUAAAGUGAUAGCUAUGUAGAUUCUGAUGAUGUAAUAACGAUAAUUUCAAUUGUUUGUUCAUUUUUAGUCACAUUUACAAUGGUAUUUAUUUGCUUUUAGUACUGCAGAAGCAGACAUUCAAACGAUAACUUAUCUUCUAGUUUUGAAAAUCCUAUAAUUUUGGAAAGUAAUAGUGAAUAAUAAGAAAACUAAAAGAAAGCUGAUAAAAAGAAAAUUAAUAAAAAAAUUCUUGAAAAGUAUCUUCCUUCUUAAUAAUGGGAAUAGGCAAAACUGAUGCUCAAAGAAUAAAAAAGAGAAUUAACAGAACCAUUUAUCUGUUUAGUUUGCCAUUUAAAUAUUGAAAAUGGAGAAAAGGUGCGUGUCAGUAUUUGCUAUCAUGUGCUGCAUAUUGAAUGUUUCGAUGAGUGGUUUAUAAAUAAGGAAUUUUGCCCUAUGUGUAGACGUGAGCAUAAGCUUGACGAUUUAAAAAACAAUAAAAGAGGAAUUUCGAAUAAUAAAUUUGAAGAAAAAAUGAUUGAUAUGGCAAAAGUAUUCAUGUAAAACAGCUAGCAGCAAGCAGAUUCUUGCGAAAUACAAUAAGAAUAAAAAAAAAAAAAUAGUCUCUUUAGUGACAAUACUAAUUUUAGUAAUAUAAUUGUUUAUAAACCUAAUAGGAAUAAAAAUCUUACAAUAAAUCCAAAAAGGAAAUAGUCUAAUGAUAAUUUAACUCAUAAUUCAAUUACAAGUCCGUACCUUUUAAGUUAAAGCUUAGUCUCUUAGCAAUAUAAUUCUAAUUAAAAAUCCAUUGAACUCACUCCAACUGUCUUAAAGAAAAAAGAAACAAAUACUUAACCCAAUUAAAUUACAGAUAAUAAUUACAAUAAUAAACAUAAAAAGACUGUAAACACUCAUUUUGACAUUCAAGAAGUUGAAGCAGAAGAUGAUGAAAACUUUAACUCUAACCCAAAUAAUGACAAAAGAAGCUCCUUUAUGGGAGGAGAAUAACUGUUAUUAAAUCUCAUAUCUUUUGAUUAUUAAAACGAAAAUGGAAUAAGCAGAGCAUAAGAUAAUUAAGUUAAUAGAAACAAACAAAAUAGUUUUCAAUCGUCCUUAUCUGAUUUUUCUAACUUCUCGCCUGUGAAUAUGAAAAAAUUUAAGGAAAGUUAAAAUUAGAUAUUUGAAUAAGAAGGAAGUUUAGAUUUAUGUGAUUAAAGUAAUAACUCUUAAGUGGUAUUUUAAAAUAACUUAUCAAACAAACUAUUGAAAAGACUUAGCAAUUCACCACAAAAAUACCAAGAUAAUUAAAUAUCCUUUUUGGAAAAUAACUUUGGAUAAAGUAUUAUCUUAGAAAAACUGAAUGAUAAGUCAAUUUAAAAGAAUAAAAUAGUAUUUUAGAAUUUACUUCCAUAGGAUUAACUAUGA